GUUUAGUCGGCCAAACAAGAGACGCGCUUGACAUCCGUCCCCGAUGCUUUCACCGCGCAAGACGGUUCCCCUCGCCACUGGCGAACCGUCGUCGCGCAUAAGGGGUCGUAGCGACGCAACUCAAGUCCAAAUUACACACCGUACUUUUUUCUGCAGUGUUGUGUUCGAAGGGGGCAACCAUGGAAAACCACUCUCUCCUGAUGUCAAAGAUGUCGUAGCCUCCCUCGGUACUCGCCUGUCUGAGGAUGGGAAACCUGCAGCAGAGGAAAUCGAGGAGCCAUCCGACUCUCCUGCAAACCCUGCCGAAUCGGCAUCGGAGGGUGUUAACAACGGAGUCUCGAAGCAGAAGCGGCCGUCAGCAGAAGUAGCAACGCUGGUGGAGGUCCUCAACGAGCUCGUCAGGACGGAACGAUCAUACGUCCGCAAAUUGCACGUCCUUAAGCGGUCCUAUGCAGACCCCCUUCGCUCCUUUGCCCGUGCUAAGGACACUGCUAUUAUCCCACCCUACGAAGCUAAAACAAUGUUCGGCAAUCUGGAUAGCAUUAUACUUGCCAACGAAACCCUUCUGGCUGAUCUCGAGUUGAUGCUGUCACCGAAUGGUCCAAAACAGGUUGGCGGAAUAGGCGAUGUUCUCCUUAAGCAUUUUAAGGACGCCAGAACGUUUGACUGCUACAAGCAAUAUUAUUCCAAAAUUGAGGAGGCGCAAUCCAUCUUUGAAUCAUUGAAGAAGUCCAAUAGUGGCUUUUCGGGUUUCAUCGAGAGGAUCAAAUACUCGACCUCGGACUCUCAUAGUCGAAUUGGGCUUCGUGAGCUUCUUAUAGAGCCAGUACAACGCAUUCCCCGAUAUACCCUCUUUGUCCAACAGAUAACUAAAUACAUGCCAGAGAAAGAUCCACAGAGAGCCAGAGUUCUUGAUGCGGAACAAGCAAUCGCCAGCAUAGGCAAGUGUGAAGCGGGAGACGAGACACGUAGAUUCGCUGUGAUGUCCGCACUGCAGCGCAGCAUUGAUGGUUUCCCUCACGGGCUCAUCAGCAAUAGCAGAAACUUCAUUGACUGCAUUGACGUUGAUGAUGUGCCUGUCGACCUAUAUCAUCAUAGUGGCCCUUCCGGAUCAUCAUCAACACUACUUCCCUGCACACUGUUCCUGUUUGAUGAUAAAUUGAUGAUUGCCAAGCGACACACUUCGUCAUCAUCUGGACGAGCACUGGCUGGUCUGGACGAAGCGGAUCGCUUAGCAAAAUCGGGGAUACUGAACGGUCUCACAUCAAAAAGGAAUGCUAUGAGUUGCAAAGGAGUGGUUGACAUCACUGAAGUGGUUGCCACAGAUCCUGGCUCGAUUGACAUACAUAUUUACCUCGAACAAGAGCCUCCUGACCAAUCCGACAGAUGGACCAAUCGUCCAUUCCGCUCGCUUUCCGUCGUUUGUCCGUCCGCUGGCCCUCAAGCUCCCCAGCAGGCCCUCGCUGCUAAAGGCCGCUUUUUAGAGAGUCUGUGGUUAGCACAGGCCAUGUAUCGGUCGAAAUCUGGUCGAUCAGUGACUUUUGUCUCAGACGACAAGAAUAUUGGCAGCAGCUCGAGCCGGCUAACAAUUGCACGUACUUACUUUAACGUGUAUCGUCGAAUGGCAUAUUUGAGUGAACCUAGGAAGGGCAAGAUCGUUCUUCACAUAGACCCAUCUGGAAGAGCAGAUAGACUUCCGUUCGGUAUCGAUUGCGGUCCUUAUGUAAUCAUCCGUGUGCAACCAAUGAAAGGGGAACUCUGCCGGUACGGUGUCUCUUCAAGCGAUGAGCCAGACGAAGUCGAGGAAGAGAUUGUUCAUACGGCCACUGUCCCUAAUCGCAUAGUCCACACGAUUCACCAAUAUGGGCUUUUUAGAUUCAGGACAGAACGAAUAUCGAGACCGACCACUCCUACCCCCAGCACUCGCGGCCGUGCCACCAUUUUCAACUUGGAUGCGAUAUCACGUAAUCUUUUUAACUCUCGCUCCACUUCUCUUUCGAGUAAAGGUCCAAGUGGGGAUGAUUUUGCUCAAGAUGGAAGUAGUAGUGGGAGUAGCCACAAGCGAAGCAGAUCUUUCGCGAGCCGUGCAUCUCAGCUUAUGUCUCAGACCACUGGGACAACCACCACCGACAGCUUUAAAUUUUCGCAACGAUCCGUUUCUACAACUGCCACAUCGUUGGUGGAGGACGAAUCGCUGAGUUUUUCCAGAUCGAGAAGCACUUCGCCGCGGAAGCUGUAUAAGAGUGGGCGCUCGCCGAGCCAAGCGAGCAGUCCAUCCAAAUCUCGCGAAAGCUCUCGCGAACGAUCCAGUGUGGAGCGUGAACUUGCAGUGGCAGAUACAACCAUGCCAUGUGAUGAGUCAGAAGUGGACCUUAGUAUGCGACUUGAGCUUGCUCGGCAAAACAGCUUAUCCCAGCAUCAAACCAGCGAGAGCCAUCUUCGAAUGUCAUCGUAUGCCCCAUCUGCUGAGAGCAUAUCGGAAGAGGAUGGAUCGACGAUUCGAAAAGCGCCGUCAGAAAAUUCAACGCUGCGUCCGAUAUCCCCUGCUCCCACAGAACGAACGAUGGAGAUUCCUUCUCGGCCAACGAGCUCAAUGAGCAUUCGGCGGCAACCAACUGGGCCUCGAGAGCCACCGAAAAGUCCAGGCCUGCGGGCGACUAAGGUUGAGCAUGAGAUCGAACGAACCCUCAGUCAACUGGGUUCUUCAACACUUCCCCGGCCUCGAACACCAUCACCACCCCGCGCGUCUGGUAAGCAAUUUCCAUUGCCAGCUGCAGAGCAGAGCACUGCAGGAACCACAUGUACUCCUUCUCCGCCGCCAGUUUCAAUACCUAUCCAGACAACGGGUCCUGUCGAACCCCUCUCUAUCAAGAAACGAUCAUCCACCAGGCGAAAUUCUCCGGUAUUCAAGAAGGGUGCGAGCGAAUCUGCCAUCGAUAUUACAAACGUUCAUAACGUAUCAGAGUUAAAUCCAUUCCUUCAGUCUGCGCCAUUGAAGGGUCAAACUUCCGUGAAGCGCUCAUUAUCACUUGCCCAAGAGGCAAUGGAAGAUGCGACUGCUUCAAGUCGUGCGUUGAAACGUAUCAAACUUGAGGUAAAUAGCCUCAAUGUGGCGUUGACGAGCUCUUCACAGUCUCGUUCAUCGGUGACGAAUCCUGGUCUUCGCACACCCACCCGGGCACCCCCAACUCGGGAGGCGGAGGCCAGACUGGAAGAAAUGCGUCGGCUUAUCGGGCAGAGUAGAGUCCCUCCAUCGAGGCCCGAAAGCCCCACUAAGGGGUCUUUUCGUGAUGAUUCGGCAUCCAUUGAGGCCCUUAAGGAUCAGAUCCUUGAUGCUGAACGGACCUUCAAGAAACUUCUUCAAAAACACGAGUCACUAAUUUCUGAACUGGAAGCUGUUUCGAUGGAUUUUGAUGAACGUCAAUCGCAGCUUGAGCGCACCGAGAACGAGCUACAGCAUGCACGCCGGCAAUGCGACUUGGUGAAAAAGCUUCUGGCUGAUGCAACUGCUGAGAACGAGAUCAUGUAUGAUGCAUUCAAUGAGGAGCUGGAUGGCAUGUUCCAAGAUGCAAACCUUCCGAAAACUGAGGCUUGGGAUGCAAUGGUAACAGAUCUCCGGAAAGCUAAGGACGACAGAAACUCCCUAGCGAAGCAAAAUUCGUCACUAAAACGAAGUCUAGAGCUGGCUCAACUUCAGAGCGAAGAAUGGGGACGGAUUCUUCGAGCUCAUGGGUUAAUCUCAUAACAUUAUCUGCCAACUUACAUUUCACAAUUCGCUUCCACAUCUAUUGUCCACAUCGCUCGAUCUCUAUGUUGUUACUUGUAAGAUGCAUCUCUUUUGCUGGCUUGUUUCUAGGUUGUCUGAUCAAUAGGGCCCUCCUGCGAAAUCCACUUAUCAUCUUGAAUCCUAGUACACUGCCAAACAAUAUAAAUAUAUACACUGUCAUG